AUGUUUUUCUUUAAAGAUCUGUCGCUUAACAUCACACUGCAUCCAUCCUUUUUUGGUCCGCAAAUGAAACAGUAUUUGCGUACUAAACUUCUGCAAGAGGUAGAGGGUACGUGUACCGGUAAAUUCGGGUACAUUUUGUGUGUUUUGGACUGCGAAAACGUUGAAAUUGAGAGGGGUAGAAUUUUGCCCGGAGAUGGCUCUGCUGAGUUCACAGUAAAAUACCGUGCAGUCGUGUGGAAGCCCUUCAAAGGUGAAGUGGUGGACGGUGUCGUUUCGAGCUGUACAAACCUGGGUUUUGAAGUGGACGUGGGGCCUCUUUCUGUGUUUGUAUCGCCAUUUUUGAUGCCAGAAGACCUGGCCUACAACAGCGGUUCAAACCCGCCAUCGUACCAGAGUUCAGAGCAAAUUAUCACCAAGGGCUCGAGGGUAAGACUGAAGGUAGUGGGUGCCAGAAGUGAGGUGAAUUCGAUUUAUGCCAUCGGAAGUAUCAAAGAAGAUUAUUUGGGUGUUAUAUGA